GCGCUCCCGGGCGGGGACGCAGCGUCGCAGCUGGGUGCGCAGAGUCAGGCUUAUCCUGGAGGAUUUGGGCCUGGGCAGCUCCGGGUUGAGGCCCCACCUUCUGAAUGGUCCUCAGCAGCACCGAACUUCGGCACUGGCCCUGGAAGCUUCGUCCCUGGUAUGCAAGCUGCGCAGCAACCGCCAAGUUUCAUGCCGAAUGGUUCGACGGGGCAGGGCGGCUUCGUGAAUGGUGCAGCUGCACCAAUGUACCAGCAGAAUGGACAGGCACAGGCGCCGCCGUGGCACCAGCAGAACGGAGCACCUUGUGGUACUGCUACUGCUGCCGCGCCUCCUGAGGUACAGGACAGACCAGCAGACCUCUCUUCCCAGGAGAGCUUUCAAGGCGCUUUCUGGAUGUACCAGGCACGCAACCAGAGCGCUUUGCAGGCAUCCAUUGACAGAUUGUUGCAAGAAAGCAUCAGCAGCGAUGAGCUGGAGUGCAUCAUAUGCGGCAAGGACGAUUUCAACUGUUUGGAAGAUUUUCAGCGAUGCUUGGAGAGUUUCGAGCACUUUGCAAAGUUGCUGAAGCUCGUCGGCUACCCGAAGGACCCGAAGGCCAAGCAGGUGAAGGUGAUGAAGCAGGAGUUCUGUGGUGGUCGUUUGGCGCUGGACCACUGGACACACAUCCUGACGGAAGAGCGUCAGGAUCGUUCACCAAGCAGCCGCCGUGGUUUCCCUGAAGUGGCAGGAGCAGCAGCACCACCAACCAUGAACCCAGAGGAAACAGGCGUCCCAGGUUUGCCACUGUGA